UCGAAGGUUUCGGCAGAGUGAUGAUAAAGCUCCUGUCAGCGACCAGAGAAGGACCAUAUUGCCCAGGACAGGCAGUGAGACAACGCUUGGUGGGACCGAUCCAAGGAGCUUGGCUUGGGACCUUUCCACCAUGGAGAGACUCCUCUUGUACCUUGCUGUCCUCGGCCUCCUCACCUCCUUGGUGAAGAUCUCUUCCGCCGACCUCUGCGAGAUCUGUAAGUGCCCCAAGGAUGGUGAGAAUAUAGUCUGGUGCAUUAGCAAAGGGCUGUCAGAGAUUCCCAGUACCCUACCGCCAGACGUCCAAGAACUCUUCCUGCAAUACAACAGCAUCUCCACUCUCCUUCCAGCAGACUUCUCAGCCGGGGUUGCCAAUGGCUCGCGUCUGGGCAGGCACCUCUUUCUCCUCGAUCUCAGCCACAACCUCUUCACCUCUGUACCAACUCAAGGACUGGAACUCCUGACCCAGCUGAAGAAGCUCUUCCUCAAUAGCAACUUCAUAUCCUCCUUGGCACCUGGGUGCCUGCAGCCCCUCACCAGUCUGGAAGAGCUGCACCUGAGCAGCAACCCCCUUCACUUGGUUGAGCCUGGGGCCUUCGCUGGCCUCGCCAGCCUCCAGGUAUUGAUGCUCAACUUGAACCAAAUCACGGCCAUUCCCUCUGGCAUCUUCAGUGAGCUGAGCCAACUGGAUUUACUUCAGCUGAAUGGCAACUUGAUCUCGGAGAUCCAACCAGGAGCCUUCCAGGGACUGGGGAACCUGAGCCAGUUGUUCCUCCGAAGUAACAACCUUUCUGCCCUGACUAGGGGAUCCUUUGAUGGGCUCGACCGACUUCACGUCCUGAGCCUCACAAAUAACCAGAUCUGGUUGGCUCCUGAGGAGGUCAUGAGACACCUCAAAGCACUGAAAAACCUCUACUUGAAUAGUAAUCAAAUCACCAUCUUCCCUGGGGUUCUCUCUGCACUUGAAGAUCUGACCUUGCUGGACGUCAGUAACAAUGGGCUCAGCAACCUGCCAGUGAAUGCCUUACUUAACCUGACCAAACUGAGGAGACUGGAUUUGAGUCUGAACAACCUCACUGGCCUACCCCCACAAGCCUUCCAGAAGCUCGAGAACCUGACUGUACUAAACCUGUUCAACAAUGCCAUUGAGUCACUGCCUGCCAAGGUCUUUGCUGGCCUCAUGAAUCUCAAGGAACUACACCUGGACAACAACCGGAUCUCGUCCCUCCCUCCAGAGAUCUUUCAGGAUCAGUCAGAGCUGAGGGAGCUCCAGCUGGACAACAACCUGCUCACUCAGUUGCCUGAGGGGGUCUUUGACCAGCUAAACCACCUGAGAACUUUGUACCUUGACAACAAUGGGCUGGAGCUCAUUCCCAAGAAGGUUUUCCGCAGCCUGAGCUUCUUGAGGGAACUGCAACUGGACCACAACCAUAUUGCCUUGCUCCCCAGGGGCGUCUUUGCCAGCUUGAAGAACCUGCGAGUGCUCCAGCUCAGCCAGAACCAGAUCUCCCAUCUCCGCCAAGACACCUUUAUGGGUCUGGCCAACCUGAAGGAGCUGCAGCUAAAUGGGAACAAGCUGACCACCAUCCCACUGGGAGUCUUCAAGGAGCUGAGGAAGCUGAGAGAGUUGCAUUUGGAAGGGAAUUCCCUGUCCACGGUCAAGAGCACUUUGUUCCAGGACAUGCACAAGCUCGAGGUCCUCCAGCUCCAGUUCAACUAUCUGGACUCCCUUCCCCCCAAUGUCUUCUCGGGGUUACGCAAGCUACAGAAGCUGCUUCUCCACAGGAACCAGCUCCACACCUUGAGCCCCAACACCUUUGCCAGGCAGGGCCACUUGCAGGAGCUUCACCUAGACCGCAACAAGCUGUCAGCCCUGCCGGAUGCUCUGUUCCGGGACGUCCCCCGGCUCGCUCUCCUGCACCUUGACCACAACAGACUGAGGCAGCUGAGCGCUGGCCUGCUGGCAUCACUCAGGCACUUGGAACAGAUCCACCUGCAGGGCAAUCCCUGGAUGUGCAGCUGCCCCUCCAUCCUCCACCUGAGAGACUGGCUGCAGAAGAACCCCAGCAGAGUAUUGGACACACCAGAGUGCUCCUCCGAUCGAACGCCAGUGGCAGCCGUGAAGAAUUUUUCCUUCGUGCCCGCACACUGCUCCUCUGCCGUGAGGACAUCUCCAUCCACUCUUCCAGCCGUCCUCCUCCUCUUCUCAUCACUGCUUUCCCUCAGACUUCCCUUCUUCUGAGGACAGUCCAGUUCCAGAUGACCUCUGCUCUCCUCUCAUCCCAACACCUUUGUGAAAGUACUGUAAAUCAUUCAGCCCCCCAAACCUUCAAAAGAUUACAAUAUGCCUCACCCACUUUCCUGGCCUUCACCCUCGAUUUGCCCCUGCUCUUUAGAAAUGCAUCGAAGUCUUAAAUAACACAUCUCCGUAGGCUCUCAGAAACUCACCGUUGAACUGCCUGGGACAUCAGCUGCAGGAUCCCCUCUUUGAUUCUCUCCAGCCCUCCUUUCUCCUGUAAGCAGCUCCUAUAACCCUCUGUCUGUGUCCCGGAUUUAAACCAGCUGAUCUAAUACCCCACUGUGUGGCUUGGUGCCCUACAUUGCUUGGUCACACCUCUCUGAAGGUACUCGGGGUGCUUGCAGCUUUUAAAAUGCUACGUAAAUGCAGACUGUGUUUUUGCUAUAGAAGCCCUUUACAGGAACAUGAAACUGUCUCCAACUUUUGGAAUUAACUUCAAAAAAUUACAGGUAACAUUAUUCUGAGUUCCUGAAUUUCAAUCUACUUUUCAUCUUUUUUUCUUCAGUCCUACUGAAGGGUCUCGGCCCGAAAAGUUGACUGUACUUUUUUCCAAAGAUGCUGCCUGGCCUGCUGAGUUCCUCCAGCAUUUUGUGUGUGUUUCUUGGAUUUCCAGCAACUGCAGAUUUUCUCUUGUUCGUAAUUCUGCUCCUAUGUCUUAUGGUCCAAUUCACAACUCACUGGGAGAAAAAUUCCACCUAAUCUUUAUUUAAAAUGAAAUGACACACCUUUCCCCUCCAAUUAUGAACUGCACCCUCUGCGUGCACUCUUUUCUGUUUCAUUAACCCCUCCAUCUGCCCGUCAUUCACACACUCCUCCCACUGGGUCCCCUCUCCCCACCAUACCUAUUCCCCCUCCCUCAUUUUAUUCCAUGCUCCACCUUCCUCUCAUCAAAUUCCACCAUCAGUUGACCUCUAGGAUUAAAGAGAUUAGCUUUAUUUCUCUGAAGUACGUCAAAACAUUCAGUGAAAUGCAUGUUUGCGUGAAAUCAAAUCAGCAAGAAUUGUGCUGGGCCAGCCUGCAGGAGUCUGGGGUCAACAUAGCACGCCCACAACUCUCUGACCCUAACCUGUACGUCCUUGAGGUGUGGGAGGAAACCAGAGUACCUGGAGGAAACCCACGAGGUCAUGGGGAGAACGUACAAACUCCUUACAGAGAGAGGAGGGAUUCAAACCCUGGUCUUAUAGCUGGGGUGCAAUAGCAUUACACCAAUUGCUACGCUAACAGGUUGCCCACGGUCACUGACUCCACCUGUCAGUGUUCAGCACUAUUUCCACUCUUCCAUCCUGCUAUUGCUCUUCAUCAGCUGAGUCCACUCAUCACCUGCCAGCUUCCACUCACCUCUUCAUAUUGGUGAUCUCCGCUCUACAAGGGUCUUGACCUGAACUGUCAACUGUCCAUUUCCUUCUGUAGAUGCUGCCUGACCUACUGAGUUCCUCUGACCAUUUGUUUCUUUUGCUCCAUAGUCCCAAUUUGCUCAGUCGAUCCAAAUAACACAACCCCUUUAACCCUGGAAUCAAUUUCUGUGAACUGCCCGCUCUCCUUACGAUGAGAUUCUCGGGGCUUCAGUCCCUUUCCUUUCCAAUCCAGCCAAAAUGUCGACUGCUCAUUCGCUCCACAGGUGCUGCCUGAUCUCUUGAGUUCCUCCAGCAUUCUGGGUGUAUUGCUUUAUGUGUGGCCCCACCAAUACUCUGUACAAUAGCUUGGAACCCUAUUUCUCCUACCUUUUCCCUGUAACAUUUGACACCCUGACUAAUCAAGUGUGGCGGGGUGGAGAUAAGUCUCUACCAAAGAAGAUGUAAGGUGCUCUUUCCCUCCACUAGCCUGCAGGUCACCCAUGGGCAAAGUGUAGCACCAGCUUUGUCCCCUGAUCAGGGUCAUGUGAAGCCAUGAAGCAGGAGCUGGAUGGCCUUAUGAGCAACUGGUGCAUAUCACGUGUCCUGGUUAUCACUGACGCAGGCAGGCAAUCUCUGGACAGUAUUAAUAAUGGCUGGGGACUAAUCAAGAACCUUACUAAUUUUUCAUGAAAACAAUCCUGCCAAACACCUAAAGUAUGUUAAAAACUACUUAUGGACAUGCUGAGAAGCCUUUGCUUUCUUUAACUUACAGAUUUAACAGCCUGCUGUACUUUUGUUUGCAAUUCGCAGAUGCCUGCAAUGCUGACUCAGAGUUACGGUUACAUGUCAAUAUCAUGUUCCUGGACCUUGCACUGCAGUCUUGUGGUAAAUAUUACGCUGUACUCGCUGUUGUUAGGUUUCUUAGAA